CUCCCGGGCUCCUCCCCGCUCCCUUAUCCCAGCUCUGGGGGAAGUUUGUGAACACUCUGGAGCUCCUCUCCUCUUCUCAGACUCUCGUCUCUUCCUUCAGCUCUCAUGGCAGAGAACGAGUUAGCCCAGAAACUGAACCGGCGCUUAGUGCUGGAAGACGCCGACCCGCAGGAGGAGUCCGGAGAGGUGAAGGACACGGGCGGGGAGGAGGACAAGCCGGCCACCGCCAGCGCCGACUCCGAGCUCAGUGCCAAGCUCAACCGGAGGAAUGACAUCAAUGCCGGCUCCGCCGUGCCAGCCAACCGGUCCAACAUCUUCAACCCCUACACCGAGUUCCAUGAGUUCUCCCGAAAGCAGAUCAAGGACAUGGACAGCAUGUUCAAACAGUAUGAUACAGGACGUGAUAACUUCAUAGACUUAAUGGAGCUGAAGCUGAUGAUGGAGAAGCUGGGUGCUCCACAGACACACCUAGGAUUGAAGAACAUGAUCAAGGAAGUGGAUGAAGACCUUGAUUGCAAACUAAACUUCCGAGAGUUUCUGCUAAUAUUCCGCAAAGCUGCAGCCGGGGAGCUGGAAGAGGACAGCGGGCUAAUGUCACUAGCCAAACUCUCUGAAAUUGACGUAUCCACGGAAGGUGUUAAGGGUGCCAAGCACUUUUUUGAAGCUAAGGUCCAGGCCCUGAAUUCAUCAAGCAAGUUUGAAGCUGAGAUUCGGGCAGAGCAGGAUGAGAGGAAGCGACUAGAGGAAGAAAAGAAAAACCGCAGAGCUGCCUUCAAAGAGCUGAAGUCUGCAUUUAAUUAGUUUCUGACCAUUCCCUGAUUCUCGUGUCCGGUCUUGGUCUUAAGUUUUAAACAAAGCACAGCCCAAGGCUCUGGCACCUUGGUUAUUCUUUACAGUCAGGCCUAGUCUCCAUACAUGCAAGUCCUGCUGAGGCAGAGAGCUUAGUCCCUUGUAAUACUUUACUGCAAGGAAAUCUUGACAUGGUCCAAGUCAAGAAGCUGAGAAAGGCCUUUUAACUCUUAAAUAGCAAUUUGAGCUUACAUAUAUCCUUCAUCCCUAGUUCAACUUGUCCAUUCAAAUGUGCCUUAGGUAAUUGCUGCUAGCUGGUUAAUGUGCUGCCUUUAAUUUACCAGUUUCUGAAAUUUUCCACUUCAAAAAAAUAAGUUUGUACAUUCUAUAAAUGAUAUAUUUUUAACCAUUCCUUUUUAAUGAUGUCCAGUGUAAAAAGAAAAAAAAAUAGGUGAACCUAUCCCUGACCCUGCCUCACUUAAACAUUUAUUAAUAAAACUGCAAAAUUAUAGAGUGCUAAAUGUUUAAACAUUCCUUGUCAAAGAGAUUAGCAUUUUAUUAUUGCCAUAUUACUCUCUCUGUAGAUGAAAUAAACUCUGCAAGUGAGAAAAGCAGCUUCCAAACUACAUGGGCCAAAUUUUUGCAGGCACCUAAACCUCUUAAAUAUUGCCUCGCAUUGCUCUUACUGAUCUCAUGUUGCCAUAUUUGUCUGUAGAUGCCUCUUAGCGGUUAUUUGCAAUCAGCCUAAAACUGAAGUGGGGCAAUCCUGGCAGUAUGCUGUCAAAGUGGGGCAGCUGUGAAAGUUUGUGCCAGAUCAUACAGCAGUCCACUGCCUAUCAAGGGUACUUUUUGGGCGAGUGGCCUAUGUGGCUGAAAACUUUACAACAAUCUGCCGUGUUUAUCAUACUUUGUGUAAUAUAUGCUGGCUCGGGAAUACACCUAAUUUUACAAGCAUGAACCAGUUCUACAGGAUGUCGUAUGACAAAAACUGCACAAUAAACACAGUCCUCUGGUUGGUUGAUACUAAAAAUAAUGAUAUGGCGGUAGUAUUCAAACUAAGACUAUGUUUGGCCAGAGGAGUAUGUACUCAGCUGAUUGCACUGACGGGUGCAAUCUGUUGGACUGAGGUGCACUGUUUCUCUAGCUUCGUAGAGCUUCAAGUCUAAUGGGGGCGUUCAUUCUUGCAGUUCAUAUGAGCUGGAGAGCCUCAGCUGCCUGUCACUAUAUUAUACCUGUGCAAAGGUAAUCAGUUCCUUGCAGUGUUAGCUGCUGAAGGAUAAUGGCUUUUAAUUUCUAAAUCAUGUAUAUGGCACCCUGCUGAAUGACAGGAAAACUGUGCAGAAAAUGUGGUCAGUCUCUUCUCUGCUGAUUUAUAAAGUGACCUUAUCAGUCUGUAUAGGAGAGAAUCAUUCAAAUGUGAAAUGUUGAUUGAAGAUUAGAAUCUACAGCUGCCCCUCCCUUGUGUGUUGAUCAUGAUUUUGGCAGACCUGGUACUUUAGCUGUUAAUUGUUCCUUGUAUCAGGGCCUGGUGUUACUAGAGAGGUAGCACACCUGACCCUGUCCUGGGACCAUGUGAUGUACACUUGGGGAAAGCUUUCCAAUGUUCAGUCAUACCUGUUUUGGCUACUAUUUGUAUACUCCAUUUUAUAUAAAAAUAAAUAUGUUUUACUAAUAAA